CCGGUUUAACUGCACUUCAUUAUGGGAUCGAAACGCGGAAUCUUGACAUUAUUCAGUUACUGGUUAAUAACGGUGCACAGAACACCAAGGAUAUAGACGGACGUAGUCCUCUGAUGAAAGCUGCUAUCAAUGAUUGGUCAUCAAUUGUUGAAUAUUUAAUUAGUCAGACAAGCAUAUGUUCAACAAGUGAGUGUAUCGAAGCGUUAGAAUUAUUAGGUGUAGCUCGCAGCAUUCAAGAUCUACAAACUGAAGCAUUUCAUUACUUAUUUCGUGCAAUGAAGAUGAGAUUUGAGGAUCAGUCAGCACCACCGAUUCAUAAAAUGGUACUAGCUCCAGUAAAAGCGUAUGCAAAUCACGUAGAAUGUCAGACGAUUGAUGAACUUGAACGGUUAUGGCAUAAUCUUGAUGCAUUACGUAUGGAAACACUUGUCGUUAUGGAAAGACUGUUGGGCACAAAAAGUGCCGUCCUUUACGAUGGUCUUCAUCAAAUAGGUCAUUUUUAUCUUAUUGAGGCUGAUUUCGUAUUUAAUGAAAUUAAGAAAUCAAUUACCAGUGCUCAAGAGUGUAAUCCAAUCGUAUAUACAUAUGGCACAAUAACAACAGACUAUCGGUUUAACGUUACGAAUUUGGAAGAGUAUUAUGAAACAUUAAAUUUAGGAAAAUUAGCAGUGGGUAAUCGUCUAUUAUCUGUCACUCCAUAUUUACCCUCAAGUAAACUCACUUAUUGUUCAAAAUGUUAUACAUUAGGGCAUACAUCAUUAAACUGUAAUAGCCAUCAUCCAAAAUGUCGAGUAUGUUUAGGCGAGUUUACUAAUAAUCAUAGAAAUGAAUGUGAAGGUCAGUUUAAAUGCGCUCAGUGCGGGGGUAAUAAUUUCUCAUUAGAUGAAAAUUAUCCCAUGGUGCAAAAACACCGUCAAGGAUUAAAUAAAGAAGUGAAACACGUCGUCCGAAAUGAUGAUUUAAACUAUAAUACACAAUUAAAACAAAUAAAAAAAUCAAAUGAGCAUCAGUAUGCUGAAAACGCUUUUCCACCAUUAGUUAAAAUGGAUAGAAGUAUUGUAAAUAGGUAG